UGGUCCCUUAGAAAAAAGUAGCAGUAUAAGAAGCUAUAAAGUACUAUACAACUGUAGUUUUAGCAUAGUUUAGGACAAUGGCACAUCGUUUAUCAACAGAUGACAUAGAGUCAUUCAGAGAGGAAUUGGCUGAAGUGGGAAGGAGCAUGAGACUGAUAAGUAGUAAUCGUCUGAGCUUCAGAAGCAAGAGGCACAGUAGCAUCUUCAGUCAAGCAUCCUCUUCCCGAUUCAAUGAAGGAGAAGAUGCUAUAGAUGAUGAGGAGGCCCUACAUUGGGCGGCCAUAGAAAGACUUCCAACCUAUGAUAAAAUCAGAGCAUCUAUCCUCAAGGACUAUGAUGAGGAUGGCAUAGUCACAAACAGGCAUAUUGUGGAUGUCAGGCAUCUCAAGCCUCUGCAGAGGCAUCUGCUUAUUGAGAAAUUGAUCAAGGACAUAGAGAAAGACAAUGAAAAAUUACUUAAGAAGCUCAGAAAACGAAUAGACAAAGUGGGCAUAGAGAUGCCAACAGUGGAAGUCAGAUACCAAAACUUGACCGUUGAUGCAAAUUGCCUCAUUGGUAGUAGAGCCCUUCCAACACUUUGGAACGUUGUCAGAAAUAGUUUUGAGGUUAUCCUGGACAGUGUGCAUCUUUCGCCAUCGGAGAAAGUAAAAUUUACUAUUCUAAAAGAUGUCAGUGGUGUACUCAAGCCUUCACGGUUUACCCUUCUGUUAGGUCCACCAGGGUGUGGAAAAACAACCUUGCUCCAGGCUCUUUCAGGGAAAUUGGACCCAAAAUUGAAGAUGAAAGGCCAUAUCUCAUACAAUGGAUUCAAAUUUAAUGAAUUUGUCCCUCGAAAGACAUCUGCUUACAUCAGCCAAUAUGAUUUGCAUAUUCCAGAAAUGACAGUUAGAGAGACAUUUGAUUUCUCAGCUCGUUGCCAAGGAGUGGGUAGCAGGCAUGAACUCCUCUUGGAACUCGGAAAAAGAGAAAAAGAAGCGGGGAUACUUCCUGAAGCGGAUAUAGACACAUAUAUGAAAGCAGUUUCAAUUGAGGGGCUGGCAGGAAAUCUUCAAACAGAUUAUAUUUUGAAGAUCCUUGGUUUGGAUAUUUGUUCAGACAUCAAGAUUGGUAAUGCCAUGGUACGAGGGAUUUCAGGAGGGCAGAGGAAAAGGGUAACAACUGGGGAAAUGAUUGUAUCUCCAAUGAAAACUCUCUUCAUGGAUGAUAUAUCAAGUGGCUUGGAUAGUUCCACUACAUUUCAGAUUGUGAAGUGCCUUCAACAUUUUGCUCACAUUAUGAAGGCAACUAUAUUGAUAUCACUCCUCCAACCAGCACCUGAGACAUUUAGUCUCUUUGAUGAUAUCAUCUUAAUGUCAGAAGGGCAGAUAGUGUACCAUGGGCCCCGCGAUCAUGCACUAGAGUUCUUUGAAAACUGUGGCUUCAAGUGCCCUGAACGCAAGGACACUGCAGAUUUUCUCCAGGAGGUUACCUCUCGAAAGGAUCAAGAACAGUAUUGGUACAACAGGGAAAAGCCAUAUGUAUACUUUACAGUAGGGCAGUUUUCUCAGAGAUUCAAACAAUUCCAUGUUGGACAAGCGCUGUCAAAAGAACUGUUGAAACCUUAUGAUAAGUCCAAAAGCCACAAGGAUGCUCUGUCUUUCAGCAAAUAUUCACAUACGAAAUGGGAAUUGUUCAAGAUAUGUUUUGACCGAGAAUGGCUACUUAUGAAGCGAAACUCAUUUAUUUAUAUAUUCAAGGCAGCACAACUUCUUGUUAUAGCAUUUAUCGCAAUGACAGUCUUCCUUCGGACAAACAUGAAAGUUGACUUGGAGCAUGGAAAUUAUUAUCUAGGAGCUCUUUUUUUCUCACUCAUAUUUCUGAUGUUUAAUGGUUUCGCGGAGCUAACCAUGACACUGGUUCGGCUUCCUAUAUUUUACAAACAAAGGGAUCUUUUCUUCUUUCCAGCAUGGGCUUACACUCUUCCAGGAUUUGUUUUGAAGAUUCCACUCGCAUUGAUGGAGUCAUUUAUUUGGACCUCAACUACUUACUAUGUGAUUGGUUACUCCCCAGAAGCUAGCAGGUUUUUUCGUCAAUUUCUUGUAUUCUUUGCUCUGCAUCAAAUGGCAAGCUCGUUGUUUCGUGCAAUUGCUGGAUUAUGUCGAACCGUAGCCAUUGCUAACACUGGAGGUGCAUUUACAAUAUUGAGUGUCUUGACUGUUGGUGGAUUCCUAAUUCCAAGACCUUCUAUUCCAAAAUGGUGCCGAUGGGCAUACUGGAUUUCCCCUUUCUCCUAUGCAGAGACUGCAAUUACAGUCAAUGAAUUUCUUGCUCCACGUUGGGAAAAGUUGUCUUUUCAAAACACCAGCCUUGGUGUGCAUAUUCUGGAAAAUCGUGCACUUUUUCAUGAAGAUAAAUUUUAUUGGAUAGGCAUUGGAAGUUUGAUUGGAUUUACACUAUUAUUCAACUUUGCAUACACCAUUGCUUUGACAUAUUUGAACCCAAUUGUCCAGUCACAAACUGUAAUUUCUCGAGAAGAGGCCUUUGAUGAAAGCAAAAGAUUCCAUCAAGGCUCUGAUUCUGCCAGAUUUAUAGAUGCAAAACGUGGAAUGAUAUUACCUUUCCAGCCUUUAUCAAUCGUCUUCAAAGAUAUCCAGUAUUUUGUUGACAUGCCUGUGGAAAUGAAACAAGAGGGAGUGACAGAGGAAAGGCUUCAACUACUGAGAGAUGUGACAGGAGCUUUUAGGCCAGCAGUUUUGACAGCUUUAAUGGGUGUCAGUGGAGCUGGAAAGACAACAUUAAUGGAUGUUCUUGCAGGAAGAAAGACUGGAGGUUAUAUUGAGGGGGACAUACGAAUCUCAGGAUUCCCGAAAGUGCAAGAAACAUUUGCCCGAAUAUCAGGUUACUGUGAGCAGAAUGACAUCCACUCUCCACAAGUUACUGUUCAUGAGUCACUGCUUUACUCAGCUUGGUUACGCCUUGCACCUGAAAUAGAUUCCGAGACCAAGAAGCAUUUUGUGCAGGAAGUCAUGCAGCUAGUUGAAUUAGAUGAUUUGCAAGAUGCUCUUGUAGGUGUUCCUGGCGUUACUGGUUUAUCUACAGAACAGCGCAAAAGAUUGACAAUAGCAGUGGAGCUUGUCGCGAAUCCUUCAAUCAUAUUCAUGGAUGAGCCCACCUCCGGUUUAGAUGCUCGGGCUGCUGCUAUAGUAAUGCGCGCAGUGCGGAAUACAGUUGAUACAGGUCGGACAGUAGUAUGCACUAUUCACCAGCCAAAUACUGGCAUUUUUGAAUCAUUUGAUGAGUUGUUGUUAAUGAAGCGAGGAGGUGAAAUCAUUUAUGCUGGUGCAUUAGGUCACCAUUCAAAAAAUGUCAUAGAUUACUUUGAGGCUAUAGCAGGUGUUCCGAAGAUCAGGGAUAAGUAUAAUCCUGCAACAUGGAUGUUAGAGGUAACCUCUGUGGCUGUUGAGCAGCAACUUGGUAUAGACUUCGCUCAGAUCUACAGAGAAUCAAGUCUUUGUAGGGAAAAUAUUCAGCUAGUUCAGGAGUUAAGCACCCCUGUUUCUGAUGCCAAGGACCUUUGUUUUUCAACUCAGUAUGCACAGAACACUCGGAAGCAAUUUACGAGCUGCCUAUGGAAGCAGUUUUGGGCAUAUUGGCGAAGUCCUGGUUACAAUUUGGUCCGCUUUUCUAUCACUUUUGCCUCAGCAUUGCUCUUUGGUACCAUCUACUGGCAACAAGGGGCAAAAAUAGACACCGAAGGAGACUUGCUCAAGAUGAUGGGAGCCAUGUAUGCUGCAAAUGUAUAUUUAGGAGUAACUAAUUGCUCCUCUGUACAACCUGUUGUCGAUGUAGAGCGCCAGGUUUUCUAUAGAGAAAGGGCAGCUGGAAUGUAUUCUGGCAGUGUAUAUGCUUGGGCACAGGUAGUGGUAGAAUUCCCAUAUGCCCUUUUACAAGCAAUCAUCUAUGGGCUUAUCACUUAUUCAAUGAUGGGCUACCACUGGUCUGCAGAUAAAUUUUUCUGGUACAUAUUUGCAUCUUUCUGCACUUUUCUCUACUUCACAUACUACGGGAUGCUGGCAGUCUCGAUCAGUCCAAAUGCUCAAGUUGCAGCCAUUCUUGCAUCUGCAUUUUAUUCUAUCUUCAAUCUUUUCGCAGGCUUCCUUAUACCACAACCUCAAAUUCCUGGCUGGUGGGUAUGGUACUACUGGAUUUGCCCAACUUCCUGGACCCUGAAUUGUCUCAUUACUUCCCAGUAUGGAGAUAUGACAAAGCAGAUAAGAAUCAAUGACAACUCUCAACAAUCAAUCAAAGGCUUCGUAAAAGAUUAUUUUGGAUUUCACCACGAUAUGCUGGGUGUUGUGGCUGCAGUUUUGGUGAUCUUCCCUGUAUUUUUUGCAACUUUGUUUGCCAUUAGCCUUACCAAAACCAAUUUUCAGAAGAGAUGAUGCCAAUACUUGAAAAAAGCAACAGCCAUUUAGAGAAUUUUUUAUUCCAGAUAAAUUUAAUAUUCUGUCCUAUCUCAUCCUACCACCUAUGUACUAGGACACAUUAUUAUUUGCUUCAGGAUAACCUUGGUAAUUUGUAUAUCAUGCUUUUUACUGGGUUUAAAACCCAAUCAUGAUGGUUAGAAACAAGUUCGUUCUAAUGAAUGGCAUAUA